GAGGGAGGGAGGCAGAGAGAGAGAGACGAGUGAAAAUGCUGUAGAACUGGGAUAUGACAAUGGACAAUCCGAUGGAGAUGGUGAACUCCUCGGUAGGCCCUCCUCCAGAGUAUUCCGAGGCCCAGGUGGUCCUGCUGGCCAUGGUCAUUGGCGUACUGGUUGUGGUCAUCGUCGUGGGCAACACCCUGGUGAUCGCGGCCAUCGCCCGUUUCCCGCGGCUGCAGACGGUGACCAACGUGUUUGUGUCAUCGCUGGCGUGCGCCGACCUGGUGAUGGGGGUGCUGGUGGUGCCGGCCGGGGGCGGGUACAUCCUGUUGGGACGCUGGUUGCUAGGCAACUUCCUGUGUGCGUUCUGGACGGCGACGGACGUGCUGUGCGUGACGGCGAGCAUCGGGACGCUGUGUGUGAUCGCGCUGGACCGCUACCUGGCCAUCACCUCGCCGCUGCGCUACCACAGCCUGCUCAGCAAGCGCCGUGCUCGUCUCCUAGCAACGCUGGUGUGGGGCGUGGCCGCGCUCAUCUCCUACCCGCCCAUACACCUGCGCUGGUGGCUGGCUGACGACCCGGAGGCCUUGCGUUGCCUGGACGACCCCGCAUGCUGCGACUUCCAGCCGAGCCCCCUCUAUGCCCUGGGCUCCUCGCUGGUCUCCUUCUACCUGCCGCUCGGCAUCAUGGUCUACCUGUACGCACGCGUUUUCCAGGAGGCCCGCGCACAGCUGCGCAAGAUCGAGCAGCAGGAGCGACUGCCCCAACACACACACACACACCCCUCCUCACACACACACACACACACACCCGCGCGGCGCUGGCGGAGCCGUGACCACCGGGCCCUGCGCACGCUCGGCCUCAUCAUGGGCGUGUUCGUGCUCAGCUGGCUGCCCUUCUUCGUCCUCAACGUGCUGGCCGCCUUCCGGCCCCUCCCCUCACCACUGCCCUUCCGACUCCUCAAUUGGCUGGGCUUCGCUAACUCCGCCUUCAACCCCUUCAUAUAUGGGCGGAGUCCAGACUUCAGACACGCCUUCUCCCAGCUACUCCGCCUCCCUGGGGGCGGGGCCCAUGGACAACGUGCCCCCCCCACACACAGACACACACACACCUACAGCUUCAGUGGCCACAGUGAGACGGCAGAGGGGCCCGACGGUGUGUGUGAGGUGGGGGGCGAGGGGUGUGUGCUGCCCGAGAGUGUGUGUAUGUCAGACACACUGCGCACUCAGAAUGGAACACACACUGACACAAAUGGAAACUGCAGUAAAGACAGCAUGAGUGUGUCAUAGCAUAGACACACACACACACACAGUGAACAUUUGGUGACCUCAUUUGUCUAUAAGUGUGUGUGUGUGUG